AUGAGGGCCGGUUCCUGGAGCCGCGACUCUCCGCGCCGCCAGGCGCUUGCCAGCGCCCCCCGAGUCGAGGGGGCCGGUGACGCAGACCCCGCCGCCCCCGCUCAGGAGCCCAAGGCCGCAGCGGUGCCGGGAAGCCGCUUUCGAGGCCCCGCGGGCAAGCCCAGGCUGGCUCGGCGGAAGGCGCAGGGUGGGAAAAUCGACGUCGGGGUGGGUGGCUUGCCCACCAUCACACAGCUGAUGCUUGGCAGACAGUGCAGCUGGAGGAGGACUCCGGAAGCACUAGGACUUGAACUUAACCCUGAGUCAAUAGGGUUUAGCCUCACCAUGUGCGAGGGGAUGAUUGAGAGGUAUGUGGCUGCCAUGGUGCUGAGUGCUGCCGGAGAUGCCUUGGGGUUCUUCAACAGGAAGUGGGAGUUCCUCCAGGAUGGGGAGAAGAUUCACCAGCAGCUGGCCCAGCUGGGCGGCCUGGACGCCAUAGACGUGGAGAGGUGGAGAGUCAGUGAUGACACGGUGAUGCACCUGGCCACGGCGGAAGCUCUCGUGGGAGCCGGGAAAGUCUCAGACUUGACUCGACUGUAUUCCCUCCUUGCUAAGCAUUACCAAGACUGCAUGGAGGACAUGGACGGCCGGGCACCAGGGGAUACCUCAAUGCACAACGCCAUGCUGCUGAAGCCCGACAAGGCGAAUGGCUGGAGGAUCCCCUUUAACAGCCACGAGGGCGGCUGCGGGGCUGCCAUGCGAGCCAUGUGCAUCGGUCUUAGGUUCCCUCACCACAGCCAGCUGGCCACGCUGAUCCAGGUGAGCAUCGAGAGCGGCCGAAUGACCCACCACCACCCCACAGGCUACCUGGGAGCCCUCGUGUCUGCUCUUUUUACAGCCUAUGCUGUGAACGGCAAGCCUCCCCAUCAGUGGGGCAAAGGACUGAUGGAGGUGCUACCGGAAGCUAAAAAGUACAUUGUCCAAUCAGGCUACUUUGUGGAGGAGAAUCUUCAGCACUGGCCCUACUUCGAAGACCAAUGGGAAAAGUACCUAAAACUUAGAGGGAUUUUAGAUGGCAAAUCGGCCCCUACCUUCCCCAAGCCCUUUGGUGUGAAGGAGAGGGAUCAGUUCUACACCUCCGUGAGCUACUCUGGCUGGGGCGGCAGCAGUGGGCACGACGCCCCCAUGAUUGCCUACGACGCUGUCCUGGCUGCAGGAGAUUCCUGGAAGGAGCUUGCCCACCGAGCCUUUUUCCAUGGUGGAGACAGUGAUUCUACAGCUGCCAUUGCUGGCUGCUGGUGGGGAGUUAUGUAUGGUUUUAAAGGAGUGAGUCCCUCCAACUAUGAGAAACUAGAAUAUAGAAACCGGCUGGAAAAGAUAGCUAGGGCUUUGUAUUCUCUUGGGUCAAAGGAAGAUACUGUAUGUGCCCUUUAGGGAGAUGUAAUGUUCAUUUCUGGUGGUUUCUCAUCUCGUGUAGUCCCUUUUCUGUUCAGUUUCUUUUCACUUUUUCUAGUCAAGAGUUUUAACCUUGUACUCAGGGAAUUUUGACACAGUCCCUUGGGCACCUUAAGCUCAGUCUUUCCAGACUCAUUCUCUUCUCCCUGAAUCUAUCCGUCUUCCUAUCCUGAAGAGUCUUUAUCUCGGUUGAUGGGCUCAGCGUCUCCCAAGCUGGAUAUCUCACAGCCUCGUAUUUGAGUCUUCAUUUUCAUUGUCUAAUCUUUCGCUAAGUUUUUUUCUGUUUGUUUCAGGUUGGGUUCCCUCAAAAGUGGUCUCUGAGACAAGGAUUGGAGUGCAGGUAGUUUAUUUGGGAGGUGAUUUCAGGAAGCACUGGUGGGAGGGUGGAGAAGUGAGACAGGGAAGGGAAAGGAGCCAGUACAAGGGGCGUUAAUGAGCAGGUUACCACUGUGGGUGAUUGGGACUCAGUCCACCCGGGUCCUCUGUGUUAGGCACUCCUGAGAGUUGUCCCACCGGAGGGGCAAGCAAACCUGAGGUAUUUCUCUACCGACUUCCAUCUGACACUGGUUGAAGACCACUGCCAGGGAUGCUAACUCCCUGGUGCUUCUUGACCUGCCCCUUGUGCCAGCCAAACACAGAUGUCUUCCGGUGAAGACUCAGAGAGGCUUGCAGGGGAAAGCUGUAAGGUGCGUGGGAACAGUGAGGGGUGUAUGAGGUCCCAACAGCAUCUGCUAGGUGGUUCUCCCUCCUAAACAUCUUUUAAAUCUAUCACCUCUUUUACCUUCUUGCACCAAGUAUUUUUCAGCUGGAUUUCUGCAAUCCAAGCUACUCGAGUCUGGGGAGAUGCUGCUCCCAGCUGCGCUCUGUACUUUCCUGGGCUGGCACUUCACAUGUCACCAGUUUUCUUGUCACCUGCUUGCUUGUCUUUAUUCUCCUCUAGACAGAACCUGGCACACAGGAGAUACGUCGUCAGUAUCUAUUAGAUGACUGUCGUUCAUUAGCCUCCUGUCUCGUGCCUCUAACUCCAAUCUUGCCUUCCUCAUUGCCCUCCAGGGUUAUCUCACAAAUAACAAAUUGAUCAUGCUGAGCUUCUAGUCAUGGUCCGUGAAUACCUCACCCCCUUUCUUCAUUUCUUGGUGCUCUGCCCUCUCCUUUUUCACAUAGGAAAUUCCUACUCAGCCUUUGAGCCCCAGCUCCAGUAGAACCUGCAGGUGAAACCUGCUCUGAGCAUUCGGGCACUUGCCGGCUUUCUGCUCACUACACCCACAGCCUUCUGUCCUGGCCCUGUCACUGCGCUGAUGCUGUUGUGUGGUGAGUGUGUGUCUUUUGGGGCAAUCUCAGGCUCCUUGUGAGGGAUCAUGUCUUGUUCUCUUCAUGGCCUCCCUGCCUGCCCCAUGAGAGACAGUCAGUAAAUACUGACUCUGGAAGUUCAUCAAGUUGUGUUGAUGAAUGAUGCUUGCUUCUGUUCUGUAUGCCCUCCACUUCACAAUGGUCAGGGGUAACCUGGCCAACAGGUGCUGUGAGAGAGAGAGAAUUUAAUGCCUUAACCAU